GAUGGAUGGGAGGCUCCCAAGGCUCUUCUGACUGGCGUUCCCAGGGGCUUUGGCCCAGGGAGGAUGGUGCACACAUGGGUGGCUGUUUUUGUAUCCCUGGGGAGCGGAGUCUGCCCUGGGGUCCAGGUAAAGAAAGUCCUUCCAAGGAUUCAACCAUACUGAGUGAAUGUGUAUCUGCAUCCAAAAAUAAGGGGAAAUGUUUCCUCCCACAGAAUAUAACUCAAGACUUGGCCCUCUCCUUCUGUGUGAAGAGCCGUUCCAGGAGGUGCGUCAAUGCGCCUUUACAGGAAGCUGCCCGGAGGCGGCUCUGGGCACUGGAGAAUGAGGACCAGGACAUACGUGCACUGUUUAAGGACCUCUCGGCAAGGUUGGUGAGUAUCCAUUCCCAGAAGGACCAGUUCCUCAUCACCUUCAAGACCAUGGAGGAAAUCUGGAAGUUCUCUACCUAUCUAAAUUUAGGCUAUGUGUCCGCAUGUCUGGAGCACGUCCUCUUUGAUCACAAGUACUGGCUCAACUGCAGAUUGGUGGAGGACACGGAGAUCCAAGUGUCUGUAGAUGACAAUCACCUAGAAACCAUGUACUUGAGCCUCCUGCUACAGGAAGGCCACUUCUUCUGCAGAGCUGUGCUUUCCGUGGCUCAGCCAGCCGAGAAGGAAGGGGAGUGUUUGGCUCUCUGUGAGAACGAGCUCAUCUCCGUGAUCUCUGAAGGCGAAUCUGAGUGGGAAGGCGUGUCGCUAGUGAUGGGCCAGCGGGGCCCAGUGCCAGCGUCAGCUUUGGAGCCCCUGCCUGUCCCUUUCCAUCAAUGGUUUCUAAAGAAUUAUCCAGGAAUCUGUGGCCUUCCCAGGAAGGGGGAAUGGACAGGCUCAUAUCAUAUCGGAAGGGGAAGGUGUAAGGCCUUGAAAGAUUACAAGCAGGAAGAAAAGGAUGAACUGAGUUUCCUCCAGGGAGACAGCAUCGAAAUCAUUGGCUUUCUUAUACCUGGGCUUCAGUGGUUCAUUGGGAAGUCAAUGAGCUCAGGAGCAGUGGGCUUUGUCCCCACCAGGAACAUAGAGCCUGAUUCUUACUCCCCAAUGAGCAAGAACUCUGCAUUUUUCAAUGAUGAGGAAAGGUGCUCUCUGUGGGCCCUGGGAAGUGACAGAAAAGCUGAGUGUGCCAGCUUCCUGCGCAAGUUGGCUCAUACUGACAUCACUUCUGUCUACCGGCUUAGUGAUUUUGAAUCCAUCCAGAGUCUUCCAAAUGACCUGAGCGCAUCCCAGCCAGAAGGCUUCCAGGAGGCCAGGCCUGGUGGGACCUGGGAGGAGCGUCGUGCCGCAGGUUCCAGGCAUUCCAGCAGCUCACUGGACUCCAGCUUGGAGGAGGAGCUCCUCUCAGCCUCCUCAGACAGCUAUCACCUUCCAGAGCCUGAUGACCUUGAUGACCCAGAACUGUUCAUGGACCUAAGCUUGAGUCAAGACGCAGAUGAUGCUGGGAGCUUUGCCCCUAUCUUGGCAUUUCUGGAUCAUGAGGGUUACACCGAUCACUUUAAGAGCCUCUACGAUUUCUCCUUUUCUUUCCUCACUUCCUCCUUUUAUAGCUACUCUGAGGAAGAUGAACUAGUGGCCUACCUGGAAGCCUCAAGAAAGUGGGCCAAGAUGAGCCGCAUGACCUGGGCCCAUGCCCGGCUCUGCUUCCUCCUGGGCCGGCUAAGCGUCAGGAAGGUCAAGUUAUCCCAAGCCAGGGUGUAUUUUGAGGAGGCCAUCUGUGUUCUUGAUGGGGCAUUUGAGGAUCUAUCCCUGGUGGCUGCUCUGUACAUCAAUUUGGCAGCCAUUUACCUGAGGCAGAGGCUGAGGCAUAAAGGCUCAGCUGUGCUAGAAAAGGCAGGUGCCCUGCUGGCCUGCUUGCCUAACCAUGAGUCCAGUGCAAAGAAUGAGCUUGAAGUGGUGGCCUAUGUGCUGCGCCAGGGGAUUGUGGAAGGCAGCAGCCCCCUGGAGGCCCGGGCCUGCUUUCUAGCUGUCCGAUUGCUCCUGAGUCUAGGCCGGCAUGAGGAAGUUCUGCCUUUUGCUGAGCGCCUGCAGCUCCUCUCUGGAUACUCUCCUGCUUCAGAUUCUCUGGCCACCAUCCUGGGUUUUCUGUAUGACAGGAAAUAUCUACCACAUCUUUCCGUUGCUUCUGUACAGAAAUGCAGUGCUCAGAGUGCCCAAGGGAUGUCUCCUCUCAUUUGGCAGGUCUACUUAGUCCUCCAGAACACUACCAAGCUCCUUGGUGUUCCCUCCUCAGGCUGGGGUGACGUUUCUGCAUUGGCCUGCCCAAUGCUUAGGCAGGCCCUGGCUGCCUCUGAGGAACAGACUGACCUGACCACCCAAAGGACCCUGUGUCUCAUCCUGUCUAAAAUGUACCUCCAACACAGGUCUCCUGAUGGUGCCAUCUACUACCUGAGCCAGGCCCUGGUGCUUGGGAAGCUACUGGGUGAGGAGGAAACUUUGGAGUCUUCCCUGUGUCUGGCAUGGGCUUAUCUCUUAGCAAACCAGACAAAGAAGGCGGUGGACAUCCUUGAGCCACUGUUGUGCUUCCUGAAGGAGAAAGAGGGUCUUACCCAGUGGGGCGUGGUCUAUAACCUCCUGGGACUUGCACUUCAAGAUGAAGGCCGGAUCAGCAGGGCAGCCAAGAGCUAUCUCCGGGCCUUGACCAGAGCUCAGGAGAUGAGGGAUGUGCGUAACCAGGCAGUGUCUAUGGCCAAUCUUGGCCACCUGACCCUCAAGUCUAAUGCUCUACCAUCAGCCAGGAACUAUCUCCUUCAGGCUGUCCAGCUGUAUUCUGAACUCAAGGCCAGCAAGGAAACAGACAUGGAAUUGGUACAGGUACUUCUCUGGUUGGCCGAGGUUCUGGUAUCUGGACACCAGCUGACCCACAGCCGCCUCUGCUAUGAAAUGGCAUUGAUGCUUGGCUUGAGGCAUCGACAUCUGAAGCGUCAGCUUCAGGUCACCAAAUCCCUCUGCCAUUUCUACAGCUCUGUGUCCCCAAAUCCUGAGGCAUGCAUUACCUACCAUGAACACUGGCUGGCCCUGGCUCAGCAACUCAGGGACCGGGAGAUGGAGGGGAGGCUGCUGGAGUCCCUAGGGCAGCUUUAUCGGAACCUAAACACAGCCAGGUCCCUCAGGAGAUCCCUCACCUGCAUCAAGGAGAGCUUGCGUAUAUUUGUUGACCUGGGGGAGAGAGACAAAGCCGCUGAGGCGUGGCUGGGGGCCGGGCGUGUGCACUACUUCAUGCGGGAAGAUGAGCUGGUGGAGCUGUACUUGCAGGCAGCCAUCCAGACAGCCUUGAAGUCAGAGGAGCCUUCCUUGGCUCUCAAGCUCUAUGAAGAAGCAGGUGAUGUGUUCUUCAAUGGAACUCGCCACAGACAUCGUGCUGUGGAGUACUAUCGGGCUGGGGCUGUUCCUAUAGCAAGGAGGAUGAAGGCACUGAGAACUGAGCUGAGAAUCUUCAACAAGCUGGCAGAGCUGCAGAUCAGCCUGGAAAGCUAUGAGAAAGCUUUGGAAUUUGCCACCUUGGCUGCCAGGCUGAGUGUCCUCACAGGAGAUCCGAAGCAGGAGCUGGUGGCUUUUCACCGGCUGGCUACUGUGUACUACUCCCUGCACAUGUAUGAGAUGGCUGAGGACUGCUACCUAAAGACUCUGUCCCUCUGCCCACCAUGGCUUCAGAGUCCCAAGGAGGCACUAUACUAUGCCAAGGUGUAUUAUCGCCUGGGCAGACUCACCUUCUACCAGCUGAAGGAUGCCCAUGAUGCCAUGGAAUACUUCCUAUUGGCACUGGCUGCAGCAGUCCUACUGGGUGACGAGGAACUGCAAGACACCAUUAGGAACAGGCUGGACAACAUCUCACAGAGUCCCUUGUGGCACAACAGUCCCUCCGGCUGCUCUUCAGAAAGGGCACGGUGGCUAAGUGGCGGGGCCCUGGCCCUCUAAGGAGAGCUGUCCAUUUCUGGCCUCUUGCUAUUGACAGAUACAAUCUAGGAUGGUCCCUGUCACCUCCUCAAUUUUACAAAAAGAAGAGUGAUGCCCAGAAGGAAAGGAAUCAUCAGGGUCCCACCAGGAGCUGAUGCUGGAACUGUGAGAAGACCUGGAUCACUGAUUUGUGCUUGGGGCCUUAUCCAGGUGACUGUCCUCCACAAACAGCUCUGGCAUGUGCUUCCUCCACCUAAUUUUGGCAAGCAUGAGAAACCUUCCUCCCAGUGAGAAAGCCAGGCGUCUCACUGAGGAAAAUACUAGCAGAUGGCCAGGGGUGCCCUUCACCAGUGUUCUCAGGAAAAGAAACCUCCUGUUAACAGUGGAGGAGCCAUAGUUUCUUUCGUUUUUUUCAUAACCAAGGGAGUUAAUGAUGCGCACACUCACAUGGAGUGUCAGGGGAGUAUUCAAUGUACCCUCGGCUCAAAGGACACAGCCUCAGAAUGGCUAGGUGGAAGACACAGGCUUAUGGUCUGACUGGGAUUCAUCUUCUCAUCCUACCUGAACACUGGGCUCACACACAACCUCUCAGAACUCCAGCAAAGCUUUCCUAGGGCUAAGCCUUGAAAAUUGAGCAUUAAGAAAAGUAUGCCAUAAAUUAUAUGUAAAUAGUGUAUGUCAUUAA